CGCAAGCGUGACUCGCUCGAUCACGACGUCGGCCACGCACCCGUGUCUAGUGAGUUCAAGGAGUUCAGAGGCUCGCCGAAUGGCCAGGUCGAGUACGAAACGCCCUUUCUAAACCACGAGAACGACAUGCCGCCGCAUUUUGCCGAUGCUUUGGUUCAACACAAUGCCGGCGACCACGGUGUCCAUGACCACUCCCUCCACGAUCACAACGUCCACCCCCAAGGUCCUACCAAUGGACAAAGCGCCAGCGAGACGGCCAACGCCGCUUUACAUUACUCCAUGGGCGUACCGCAGAACCACGACGAAUCCUUCCUCACUCACAACGAUGGCCAUCGCGAGUCAAGUGCUACCUUCUCCCUUGAAGCCGGCGCUGGCCAGCCGAAUCCCGAGUCGUAUGGCGAAUUCGCUGGUCUCGAGCAGCUGAAGGAGAAUGCACCUCAACAGCAACAGCAACAAGCUCCUCCACAGACUUCAGUCCUGGGUCCCAGCGAAGGCUCGCCAUCGGCAACUCCUUCUGGUAGUAAACCUGCAGUGGGUACUGACGAAUGGCAUAAGGUGCGCCGUGACAAUCACAAAGAAGUCGAACGUCGUCGCCGCGAAACUAUCAAUGAGGGUAUCAACGAGCUCGCUAAGAUUGUACCCGGUUGCGAAAAGAACAAGGGAAGCAUUCUCCAGCGUGCAGUUCAGUUCAUCACACAACUUAAGGAGAACGAAUCUCAGAACAUCGAGAAGUGGACACUGGAGAAGCUUUUGACCGAGCAGGCCAUUGCUGAACUCAGCGGAUCCUGCGAUAGACUGAAGGCCGAACUGAACCAGGUCUACAAGGACCUAGACGCGUGGAAGAGAUGUGCCCAGCGCUCAGGGCUUGAACCUUCGGACGAAGACCGCGCAAACGCUGCUGGCAACCGUGAAGAUGAUGCUUAG